UCUGUUUCUUGAUCAUGUCAUUUGAGUCAUGGAUCCUAUUUACAUACGUAACAAUAUUAAUGCAUACAUGUUGUUUCAAUUGCAAAAAUUCUGAUGAGAUAGUUAAUUUACCCGACCAACCACCGGUGAAUUUCAAGCAAUUCGCGGGUUAUAUCUCCAUUGAUGACGACGCCCAACAAAGAUUUAUGUUUUAUUAUUUUGUGGAAGCCGAAUCCGACCCAUCAUCUAAACCCCUUGUGCUUUGGUUCAACGGAGGGCCUGGUUGUUCAUCUGUUGGAGCAGGGGCUUUUGUUGAGCAUGGGCCUUUUAAACCAAAGGGUGAUGUUUUGGUGAAAAAUAAUUGUAGUUGGAAUAAAGAGGCAAAUAUGUUGUACUUGGAAACACCAGCCGGAGUGGGAUUCUCAUAUUCUCUUGAUAAAUCUUACUACACAUCGGCGAAUGAUGUCCAUACAGCUGGAGACAAUCUUGUGUUCCUUGAGAAAUGGUUUGAGAAAUAUCGCGAGUACAAGGAUAGAGACUUUUAUAUCAUGGGUGAAAGUUAUGGAGGACACUAUGUUCCUCAACUAGCAACUCUCAUAGUUCACUCAAAAGCCAAAAUCAAUCUAAAGGGAAUCGCUCUAGGCAAUCCACUAUUGGAGUUUAAUACUGAUUUUAAUUCAAGGGGGGAAUAUCUAUGGUCUCAUGGUUUAAUAUCCGAUGAUACUUAUGACAUGUUUAAGAACGUAUGCAACUACUCGACGAUUAGAAGACAAGACAAUUUCAAUGCUGUUACCCCUAGGUGUGCUGUUGUUGCAAAUCAAGCUUCAAAAGAGAUUAGUGAUUAUAUUGACACGUAUGACGUCACUCUCGACAUAUGUUUGUCAAAUAUUUUCUCACAAUCACAGGUUCUUGAUCGAAAUCCAGAUCCAGAGGCAAAAGUAGAUGUCUGUGUGGAGGAUGAAACAACUAAAUACUUUAACCGAAAGGAUGUUCAAACCGCUUUAAAUGCUCGCCUUGUGGGUGUCAAAGAAUGGUCCGUGUGUAGUAGUGUUUUAACAUAUGACAUGGCGAAUAUGGAAGAACCAAUGACUCCUGUAUUGGCCUUUCUUCUCAAGUCUGGCAUUCGCGUUUUUGUUUACAGCGGCGAUCAAGAUUCAGUCCUCCCUUUAACCGGUACACGGCUGGUGGUCAAUGGCUUGGCUAAGAAAUUAGGAUUGUCCACAACUCUACCAUACAGGGCCUGGUUCAGUGACAACAACCAGGUUGGUGGAUGGACGCAAGUGUAUGGGGAUGUUUUACAUUUUGCAACCGUUAGAGGGGCAGCACACGAAGCCCCAUAUACGCAACCUGAACGAUCAUUUGUUCUUUUCAAAGCUUUUUUGGCAGGAAAACCGUUGCCACAUAUUGAAGAAAAUAAUCAAAACAUGAGAAUCGUGAUGCCUAAUAUUUAGAUUAAAGAAAACUCACAUGUAU